GAUUGAUAGUAAGCAGUAUUGAACACUAGCCACAGAUAUAAUUCCAACUGGAAAUUCCGGCACUGCAAUGUUUGUACAUGUAUAGUCAAGUGCUUCUCUUGAGUUCGAGAAACCAACAAGGAUGUCGGUCAAACGUGGAUAUAAAAUAUGCCUGGUUGGGGAUAUGAAUGUGGGAAAGUCCAGCAUUGUCCAUCGUUUUGUGCGUAAUAGCUUUUCCGAGGAGAAGACAUCAACCUUAGCAGCCGCCUUUUUUGAAAAGGAGCUGAGCGUAAAUGGGGAGACGGUUAAAAUGUGUAUAUGGGACACGGCAGGAUCUGAAAAGUAUCGAUCCUUGACGCCAUUGUACUUCAGAGGCGCCGACGGGAUCGUUCUGGUCUACGACAUCACAGACGAAAAGAGUUUCCUAAAUCUGCGCACCGAAUGGAUUCCAUCUAUACGGAUGCGCACCGACACAAACAUGGCGCUGGUCGUGGUGGGCAACAAGUUGGAUCUUGAAAAGACGGGUCGAGUUGUCCCAUCCGAUGAAGCAAGGGGGUAUGCUGAUCUCUUAAACGCCAUCUUCUUUGAAACGAGUGCCAAGACGGGAGAAAACGUGGAGAGAAUAUUUACCCAACUCGCGCUGAAGAUCAGGGAAACUAAGCCUACAUCAAACGAGGAAAACGAAUUCGAGAGGAGUGUGAUCCAAAUACCGCCCUCAUCGUUGAACAGUGACAAGGACAUACCUGAUCCAUCGAAACGUCGCCGCGCACACAGCAAGUGCACGUGCUAAAUUACUACUGACGAAGGAACCAUCUUUGUUUUCCAAAUUGCUUUCUGCCAAAACCUGAAGGUUAUUCAAAAGUGGAUCUCCAACCACGCCCAAUUUUGGGUUCGGAACAGUCCUCUUUGCACCGAACCUCCACAUUUGCAAAAUUCAACUGAGUAGAGCCGUAGUAAGAUUUUUUUAUUUACAAAUAUCUGCAGCUGUACGCUUGCAUAAAUGAUUUGUUUUGUGUUGCGCCAUCUAUAGUCCACAUGAAGCCAAUUGGUUGCUUUUUCUUUUCUUGUGUUUGCGAGAAGAAACUUUGAAUUGAAUUAUGUUUAAAAAGUCAACUACAGUAUAGAGAAAGCAAAUCCCUCGAUAUAUCUUUGUUUCAGGAUAAAAGUUUAUUCUUUAAUUUUAAUCAACAAUUACCUUACUGACAUUAACAUUACGUCAGUGAUUUUAGGUUAUACUAUAGAAAACAUCUACCAAACUUUCCGGAGGCUCCAAAAUGUUUCUAAUAGUGCUGUUAAUGGUCACCAUCAUAUAGGAGUAAAUUUCGACCCAUGGGUUCGCGGCGGUGAAAUUAUGGUAGGCAUAAUUAGGCCGAUGACUGGCAACUUUCUUCACAAACAAAAAUUAAGUAUAGAAUCAACAACGUUAAUUAACGUAUCUGAUUUGCAUCAUUAUCUUUUUUAAAAUACGAAAUGCAUGAUUCAUAGCAAUUUUUACUAAAUAUGUGUGCAUCGGAGCGAGAACUGAUUAGCGAAUAACAAUGGUCAUGGCAAAGACAAUCUGUGAGCUUGGCGAAUGUGUGGGAACGGGAUUGUAUUCUACACUUGUGGUUCUGUCCUAAAUGCAAUUGUUAUAAGAAUUAUUUUAAUAUAUUAACUAAACGUUAAAUCGUCGGUAAAAGAAUGUCAUUUCAAUCACUUAUUGUAUAAAAUGGUUUUAAAAUCCCGACCCCUCGAAACAUGUUUUAAAGUAUUUUCCACACAAUAUUGUCUUGCACAAGUUUGGGUUUUGUUAAGAUCUUUCUACACGUUCUUGAAAAGCGACCGCCCAUUUCCGAUUUGUGAUUUACUAGUUUUUGAAGACGCAGAUUGUGCAUCUCCGAGGUUUGACUGUUGCUGAUCUAAAACAAAAUGGUUUGUAGGAAAAGUGGAAACAAAAUCCUAUUUAACCAAAUAUUAAUAUGAUUUAAUCCUUUGAUAUGUAAAUAAGUACUAAAAUAUAGAUAAUAUCAAGUCAGGCCGAGUUAUUUUAAAUUCGUGUCCACAUGAACUUCCAAGCUUCUAGUAGGAAGAACCACAAUUGUUGGGUAGUCCACAAGUGUAGGAUAAAUUUGUGAGGGAAAUUGCAGCAUUUUCUAGCUUUUGCCAAUUUCCACUGUUAAACCUUUUCAGUAU